GAAUAGAAAACAAGCCUAAAGUUAGCGAAAGCAAGAAGGAACGUUCCAGUGCAGUCUAGUGCAGGAAUAGAAAACAAGCCUAUGCAUUUGUUGCACCGGUUCAUGGUGGAACGUGGUGGAACGCAGCCAUUAAUCUUUAACCUGUCAAUUUUUGAGUUUUGAGUAAAGGUAAAGGUUAAGAAUAAUGGCAGCCGGCCCAAUUGCGGAACGUAACCAAGAUGCAACAAUAUACGUUGGAGGUUUGGACGACAAAGUUACAGAAUCCCUUAUGUGGGAAUUAUUUGUUCAAUCGGGACCUGUUGUUAACGUACACAUGCCGAAAGACAGAGUAACUCAAAUGCAUCAAGGAUAUGGCUUUGUCGAAUUUAUGGGAGAAGAAGAUGCGGAUUAUGCUAUUAAAAUCAUGAAUAUGAUCAAACUUUAUGGCAAACCUAUUCGCGUAAACAAGGCUAGUGCACACCAAAAGAACUUGGAUGUUGGAGCAAAUAUAUUUAUAGGGAAUCUUGAUCCAGAAGUAGAUGAAAAAUUAUUGUACGAUACAUUCAGUGCAUUCGGCGUGAUUUUGCAAACACCAAAAAUAAUGAGAGAUCCCGAGACAGGUAACUCGAAAGGCUUUGCUUUCAUCAAUUUUGCUUCUUUCGACGCCUCUGAUGCCAGCAUCGAGGCGAUGAACGGUCAGUAUCUGUGCAAUCGACCAAUCUCGGUAUCUUACGCUUUUAAGCGUGACGCUAAGGGCGAGAGACACGGCAGUGCCGCCGAAAGACUUUUGGCUGCGCAAAAUCCGUUGAGUCAAGCGGACAGACCACAUCAGCUGUUUGCGGACGCGCCACCUCUGGCGCCGCCACCGAUGCCGAAUUCGAACGCGAAUGCCCACCAGCCGACUCAUCAUCCUCAGCAUCACGUGAUGCAUCACGGAAUGGUCGUGCCACCGCCACCGCCACCGUCCACUCCUGGACCGCCGAUGGGUCAUCCGCCUCCACCGCCCGUGCCGCCGCCACCGUCCGGCGGAUUUCCACCGGCGAACAUUCCACCGCCUCCUCUCCCCCCGAUGUCGAUGGCGGCGCAUCCUCCUCUACCACCUGGUAUGCCACCGCCGUUGCCACCUAUGCCCGUGCCGACUUCUCAGGCGCAGUCGGCUGCCUCCAGGAUGAUGGCACCACCACCGCCGCAUUGGGCUGUGGGGGCACCGCCACAGGGACAAUUUCCACCGCCUCCGCCGCCAUCCUCCGCCGGUGGUCCACCCCCACCGCAAUUCGGACAGUAUCAGCCUUCACCGCCGAGACCUCCGGCCGCCUGGCGGCAUCCGCCACCGCCGCCCGUUUCGCAGGGUGGUCCACCACCGCCACCGCCACCUCAGUUUCGACCACCCUUCCCGCCGAGAGGACCGCCGCCUCCGCCACCGCCACACGACGGCAACCAAUAUUAAUUUAAUAAUUUAUCACUCAAUUUAUACUAUAUUGUAUGGCUAAUGACACACACACACACACACACACACACACACACACACACACACACACACACACACACACACACAAAUAAUGUACUUUUACUUUAUAAUUAUCGACAAAUUUAUUAUCGGUCGAGA